AUUAAACAUAAUAUUCAACAUUUAUGAUACAUUAUGCAAGCGUCCACUUUACAGAGCAGAAAUGUACAUACCCACCAAGUCUAGAUACGUUAAUACAUGGUGCAGUACAUCUUCUGGCUAACAAGUGGACGCUUAGCUCCCUCUACUGGAUAUUUGUAAUAAACCCCGUUGUUUUGGAUUUUACCAUAAGCAUUAUGGGUACAGCAUGGGAUAGUUGCAUAAGGUAGCCGGAAGAGCUCCUUCUUGAGAGUAGCCGUUGUGCUCUGCUUUUAAAUUCAAAAUGCAACAUCUACUAUUGUGUUUACUAUUUUCUGGUGCAUGAUGCAACGAAUUACGAGUUUUGCUACAUACCGUCAACUCGGAGGAAUUGCAACGCGUCAGUGCUUUGCCUGCCCUUGGAAAAAGCAUUCACCUAAGCGGUCGCAGUGUUGUACGGAGGCAUGUAUGUUUAGUCUGUGGAGUACACGUCCCCUGGUCAGAGAUCCAGUCUCAUUUAAUUGCGGCUUGUAUGAACUGAGACGACAGAGUACGCAUUUCGCUUUUCAGAAUUACAGACAUUACUGCACGAGCGACAAUGACCGGAAGAGCACAAAGGGGCAUCCAACCAUCUCAGUGGUUGGGAGUCCAGAUCCAAUUACGUGGAUCAUAAAUAAAUUAUUCAUUAUCUUAAUAGAACUUGUUUUUGAAUUGGGCCUUACCACUGUGGAUUUUGACAAUGGAGUGAAGCAGGCAUUGGUCCAUGUCUCCAACAUGAUGUCCACUGGCAACUUUGAGGAACUAAGGGGUGUGGUGUCCAAUGAGACAGUGGACUAUGUCGAGAAGAAGUGCAAGACCCUAUCAGAAGCUCAGAGACAACAACUGGCUAUCUCUUUAGAUGACAUUUUAUUUCUGCUUCCAGAGGAUGUGUGUGUUGUCUUUGAUAAACGUGGUGGAAGAUCCUGCGUCAUAGAGAUGCGGUUCUGGUACCUGUCCAAAACCAAUGCUCCAGAUGAUCCAGAGAGUACAAAGAUCUUCAAAAUAGCUACCACAGAGGAUAGUGACAAAUCACAGAAAAUAGUGACAGCUGUCUAUGAGUUCCACCAGGAGCUGACCAAGGGGGCAGAUUCAAACUGGACCAUCACCAACAUCUGGCACUGGGACUGGGGAAUAGCAUUAAAUGAGUGAUAACUAGACAAGCCUUAAGAGCAUCUUUAUUAAGAUAUAUCAUCAAACUAUUGGUUUAUAAGGAAGGUGAAAUUAUAUAUCAUGUACACACUGUGGAAAAUAUUCAAAACUCCCCAAACAUUAUCCACUGACUGGAUAAUAUCAAAAGAUAGAUCUGCUGUUUGUUGAACACAGUGCUAACUAAUCUAUUGUAAACAAACAGAACCACAACUUAAAACAUAAAGGUACCUCAUGACUCUGACUUGUCCCCUGAUUUGUUAGGAAUAUCCUUCAAAGUCUCCAAGAAGUACUGGCUCAACAUAAACCUGUUAUGUUGACACCAAUCGAUGCCUUAUUCUAUUUGAAAUGCUAUUUCCCCAUUAUCUACAGUAGUUUGGUCUACAGCAUAUGUGCACAUUGUUUCAUACAUGUGUCCACAUCUUGGCAUGAACUACUGUUAUUCAUUGUCAAGUCAAUGUAUACAUUUCGCGGAAGGUGUUAGCAUUUCACGGUAUACAAAUGGUAGUUCAGACCUUAACCUGAUGAGUGGUAUCAGAAUCAUUUAAUUAAAAAAAGUUUACACACAAACUAAA